AUGACCCAUACUGGAGAAAGAGAGUUUCAAUGUUCAAUUUGUCAGAAAAGUUUCACACGGGCCGUAACACUAAAAACUCAUCAACUGAUCCACACAGGGCAUAAACCGUACUCUUGCACGUCGUGUGGGAAGGCGUUCCGACACGCCGUGAACCUUAAAAAUCACGAGCGCAUCCACACGGACCAGCGGCCGUUUAGUUGCGAUUUGUGCGGCAAGACCUUCCGACAGGCUGUUAAUCUGAAGAUCCACAAAAGGAUCCACACAGGAGAGAAACCGUUUAGCUGUAAGGAGUGCGGGAAAAGCUUCAGUCAGCAGAGUAGUCUCAUUUCCCACGGCCGCACACACUCCGGCGAAAAACCCUACGGGUGCAGCUACUGCGAUAAGUGGUUUAACAACACUAACAGUCUAAAGCUGCACCAGAGGAUCCAUACUGGUGAGAAACCGUACAAUUGUGAUUUCUGUGGCAAGAGUUUCAGUCAAGGCAGUCACCUACGUACUCACAAGCGGCAUGUUCACGGAGGGGGGAAGCAGUACAUUUGUGAUAAAUGUGGAAAACGAUACGCAGAUCCCCGCAAUCUAAAGCUGCAUAAAUGUGUUUAUGCCUAA